AGCAACGGCCGUUUGGCGGCGAGUGGUUGUGUUCGUUGUUUGACAGAGCCCACCUCAGUCUAAAAACGAUACGUUUGAGGUAAAAAUGGACCAAAAAGUCCAGCAACAUGAAACGAGAGUCGUCAUCUUACCUCAUUUCUGACUCCAUAUCCAGCCCAGAGCCGACACGGAGCGCCUCGUCAUUCGGAUGCUGAGAGUUUGAGUGCUGAAGUGACCGUUAUGCUCGUUAGCACAGCUCGAGUGAGGCGUAGGCUGCUCUGUCACACGAAGUUGACUAGACCGUCUUCAUAACUAUGUGACUUUAAGAUGAAAGCGACUCUUCGACCUCAUAAUUCUGAAACCGCCACCCCAGCGUCUCACUUCUGCCAAAAAAUAUUUGAAAAAUCUUCGAGGCACGCUUGACAAUGACGCUGGGUGCCGGAAAGACCUUACUGCUGUUGUUCGUUCAGAUCUGCGUUUCCACAGGGUCUCGGCCACGCCUGGAGGACAGUCCGCCUCGGAUUGUGGAGGACCCUUCUGAUCUGAUUGUGUCCAAAGGGGAACCAGCCACUCUGAACUGCAAGGCAGAGGGGCGGCCCACACCAACGGUGGAGUGGUACAAAGAUGGAGAGCAUGUGGAGACAGAUAAAGAUGACCCACGCUCGCACCGCAUGCUGCUACCUAGCGGCUCGCUGUUCUUCCUGCGUAUUGUCCAUGGGCGCCGCAGCAAGCCAGAUGAGGGUGUCUACACCUGCGUGGCCCGCAACUACCUGGGAGAGGCGGUUAGCCGGAAUGCCUCGCUAGAAGUAGCCACUCUCAGGGAUGACUUCCGCCAGGCCCCUAACGAUGUGGUGGUGGCUGUGGGUGAAGCGGCCGUGCUGGAGUGCAUUCCCCCACGUGGCCACCCAGAGCCUAGCAUCUCCUGGAAGAGGAACAAUGUCCGCGUCAGUGACAAAGACGGGAGGAUCUCUAUGCAGGGUGGCAAGCUGAUAAUCUCUCACACUCGGAAGAGUGACGCAGGCAUGUACGUAUGUGUGGGCUCCAACAUGGUGGGCGAAAGGGACAGCGAUCCAGCUGAGCUUGUGGUGUUUGAGAGGCCAGUGUUCAUCCGCAGGCCGGUGAAUCAGAUUGCGCUGGCAGAGGAGACAGUGGAGUUCCUGUGUGAGGUGCAUGGAGAUCCGGCUCCCACGGUCCGCUGGCGUCGGGAGGAGGGAGAGUUGCCACGUGGCAGAUUUGAGAUCCACAGUGACAACAGCCUCCGUUUGCUGAAGGUGCGAGAGGAGGACGAGGGGACAUACACUUGUAUGACAGAAAACAGCGUGGGGAAAACUGAGGCAUCAGCCAUGCUGCAGGUUCAUGUGUCCCCACAAAUCACCGUCCAGCCUCGCGACCAGGUUUCCGCUCAGGGCCGAACUGUCACCUUCCACUGUGGCACUCAGGGCAACCCCCCUCCAGCAGUCUUCUGGCAGAAAGAAGGGACUCAGAUGCUGCUGUUCCCGGGGCAGCCCCCUUCUCAAGCCGGACGCUAUUCUGUGUCGAUGAGCGGAGAGUUGACCAUUAAGGAUGUCCACAGUGAAGACUCUGGCUACUAUGUGUGCCAGGCCAUCAGUGUGGCAGGCAGUGCCAUCUCCAAAGCAAUACUGGAAGUGAAGCCUGGCCCGUCAGACCUGGUUCCUCCCAUCAUCCGCCAGGGCCCAGCCAACCAAACGCUGGCCCGGGGCUCCAACAUCCUGCUCCAGUGCCAUGUGACGGGCAGCCCACCCCCCAGCAUCAGGUGGGAGAAGGACGGACAAAGCCUCCCGGAGGACGACGUCCACAUAAGCCUAAUGGAAAACGGCACUUUACACAUCAGCGGCUUGCAGGAGACCGACUCAGGGAUGUACACCUGCGUCGCCUCCAGUUCCACAGGCGAGACGAGUUGGAGUGGGACCGUGACCGUGAGAGCUACAGGAACGUCCUCUCUCCCACGGGUCUCACAGGCCUUGCAGCUUCCUGGCCCUCCUCAGAAGCCUGUGGUGACAGAUGUGACCCAGAGCAGCGUCACCUUGACCUGGCAACCCAACCAGCACGAGGGGGGCGCUGCCGUCACCUCCUACAUUAUUGAGGCUUUCAGUCAGUCCGUGGGCAGCACAUGGCAGACAGUAGCAGACCAGGUGAAGCAGGAGAAGCACACGGUGUCCGGCUUGUACCCCAACACUGUAUACCUGUUUAUUGUCCGAGCAGUCAACUCCUACGGCCUUAGUGACCCCAGCCCCAUCUCGGAGCCUGUCAGAACACUUGAUGGCAGUCCCAGUGGGCCAGCAAUUGAUCACAGGCGUAUACAGACAGAUUUAGCAGAGGUCACAGUGUAUCUGCACCCUCCAGAGAUCCUGACUCCUACCAGUGUGCAGAUCACAUGGACUGUCGAGCGCGAACCACACUACAUUCAGGGCUACCGGCUGCUGUACAGGCCGAUGGGCAGUGCCUGGCAGGUUCAGGACAUAAAGGCAGGGCCCAAACACAUAGCCCUCUUAUCUGAGUUGCGCAGAGGCACACAGUAUGAGCUCAAAUUGAGGCCCUACUUCAAAGAAUUCCAGGGAUCGGACAGUGAGCUGGUAGUGGUUCUCACCCCAGAGGAGGUGCUAAGCGGCCCCCCUCAGGCCGUGAGCGUGGUCCAGUUGGGCAACAGCUCCACCGUGCGCGUGUCCUGGGAGCCUCCCCUCGCUGAUGGCCAAGAUGAGCCCAUUUUGGAGUACAAGGUGUGGUGCGUAGGAAACGAGACCGGGCCCCAGCAGCAGUUAAACCAGAGCGUGGAUGGAGAAGCUCUCUGGGCAUUGUUAGACGGCCUGGUGCCGGAGCUGCUGUAUCGCGUGCAGGUGGCAGCCGUGACCAGCGCAGGAGCAGGGGCACCUAGCCACCCCAUCUUCAUCUUCCUCAAAGCCCCUGCCGGCGAACCCUCAUUGCCAACGCUGAAGGACGAUAGCAUCAGUCUCUCCGAGCAGAUCUCCGGGGUGGUCAGACAGCCGGCCUUUAUUGCUGGCCUGGGUGGAGCUUCCUGGAUGGUGCUGAUGGGCUUCAGUGCCUGGAUCUACUGCAGACGCAGGAGAAGAAAAGAGCUCGGCCACUACGCCACUUCUUUCGCCUACACUCCUGCAGUUGGACUCUCCCAUAGUGAUGGGUCAGGACUUAUCAAUGGAAGGCCAUGCUUGCUUGGAUCAAAUAUGGGUAACUACCCCUGGCUGGCAGACUCUUGGCCAACAAGCAACUUCACUCACACCAGCAAAGACUCCAUGACCUGUUGCUCUGGUCGACAUGACUCCACAGACAGAUACUACAACACCGUUGGGAUCACCAAUUUCCUGAAACAGAGUGAUACAUACAGCCCAACAUCCAAUGAGGGCCCCAUCUAUAGCACUAUUAACCCAGCUGAGGAGGAGCAGCAUGACAUGAGCAGUCUUUACUCCCAGGGCCCAGACCCCUACAGCAGCUCACCAGUCCUCUCCAAGACUGACUUGUUCAGUCUGGGCCAGGACCUAGACCAGUGGAGCCUCCAGUCUGGCCACAGCACAGCUGAAUAUGCCAAACUCCAAUACCCAAGCAUGGGUAAAGCUACUGUGGGAAUAAAGAAGUCUUGUGGCCCAGCCACCUUUAUUUGGUCUGAGGUCCUCUCCCUACCUCCGCCAAAUACCAGAGAACAAAGACACCAAGAGAGACAGCGACCCAGCUCAGACGAUGAUGAGGAGUGGUGUCCUCCUCUGCCUGAGAGGACCUAUCUGUUUGAAAGUUUGGAGAAUGCAGCCACGCUGCCUCUGAGAGGAGAGCAGUCUAGCCGAAGCACCACCUACAGCCAUCAGUCUACAAGCAUCCUCACACCAUCCCUGCAUGAGGAGCAACGGCUAGCUAAUCCACGCCUGCAGCACCCUGACUUAUUGCCACGCAAAGCACCAUGCACACCCAUGUCCCAGUUACCUCUGUCCAACCCAAAUCUACUAACCAAGCUGGAAUCUCAUAGUGGCAGCCUGCCGCAUCUGACAGGCCACUGGCGAGACAUUGGCCAAAUGGAGGGGUUGAUGUCAGACAACAAUAAGCAUUUAAUAGAAGAGUUUGCUUCUUUUGCGCUUGAGAAAACUAUUCCGUCGCCCAUUCACCAACCAAGGCCCAAAAAGAAAUCACCUAGAGAUGGACGGAGAAGAGAAGUCUUAAAACCAGGAGACCUGCCCCCACCCCCCGAGCCCCCUCCUGCAGAAGACUCCCUGAAGCAGCUGGCAGCCAUGCUGGAGAGUGGCAGCAGAACACCCCCAUCCCGCCAAGAAAGGAGAGCUGAGCGGAGAGCUGCCAGCCAGUGGAGUACAGAAGAUGAGGAGCUGAUCCAGUACUGUAAGAUGAGCAUGGUGUCCAGGAGUCAAAUGUCCAGCCACUGUUCCCCUGCUGCAAGCCCCUCCUCCCUCUCCUCCACAGCAUCCCGCACCUCAGGAGCAGCCAGGAGGAGAAAUGAGAACAUGAUAUGAGAGGAGGAGGACGAUGAUGAAUUUGUCUUUAGCAUCCUGCUGUGCCAUCUCUCCUUAGAACUCCAACCUGCUUUCAUUGAAUCAGAGGCCAGUAGAACACAAGAGCCAUACAAGUGUGUGUUUUUCAUCCACCUCUUUGAUAUUUAUUUAUUUAUUUAUUUAUUAAUUAAUUAAUUUAUUUAUUUAUUUAUGUACGUUUUAGUGUUUUUCUAAGCUCUUCUUCUACGUCCCAUUAAUGCCCUGCCAUUAUGUGUAUAUAGAUCCUUUUGACUACGUUUUGUGUGAGAGGAAGACAACAGAGGGGAAAAAAGUCCAGUCAAUAUUUUUGUCUGACCAAAUAUGUUUCUGAAUGUAACUGCCAUUUACAUGUACACCUUGAUGUUUACAUGUAAUGUCAUGGUGUUUAUAUUGUGCUAUACAAUAAUACAGACAGUAUUAUCAGACGCAGUCAAUGCGAUCAAAGCCCAUCAGAGUGGUGUGGUAGAGUAGAACAGCAGUCCAGAGUCCCUGUCUGUGAAUCUCCACCAUCACUGAACCUCCUGCUUCAGAUCUGUCCACGCUGCAAAACUUUUGUCUGUUGAACAGAAGAGUCUUGUCUGCCAAGCUCCACCGCUGAACGUGUGCUCUACAGAUGCUUAAAGAAAUAGUUAACGUAAAAAAUGCUAACAUUGCUAACACUGAAUGGAAGUUAGCAGGGCCUGUUAGCAUUAUGCAAUUGAGAUCACCAUUCACUGUUACCACAUCAGCAUUAACCUGGUUAUGUCCUCUGACAUCUUUUGAUUGCAAAAGAAAACACAAUAAAACGAAUUUGACGUUCUUUUUA